GACACCCCCAUGACUAGCACAGUUUCACAUGUGACUGGAAUAUAAUGCAAAUGACCAAGAUUAAAGUUGGUAAAGAUUACGAGCAGUCUGGAGUAUGAAAAAUGGUUGUGGACGUCUGCAGCCCAGCAGGAAGGGAAGGCCACGGGCUCACAGAGGGCAGGACGGGUGCUGCUUGCGGGGGACUGCCCCCGUGGCCCUGAAGGUCCCGCGCGCGCUUCCUAACUGGCAUUUGUCCACCUGCUCCUUGCUGACGUGCCCUGGUUCUUUUCAGCUGCCAUGCGAAGACCAGAUAAUCCUCCUCAAAGGCUGCUGCAUGGAGAUCAUGUCCCUUCGCGCUGCUGUGCGCUACGAUCCAGAAAGUGAGACUUUAACCUUGAACGGGGAGAUGGCGGUGACUCGGGGCCAGCUGAAAAACGGGGGUCUCGGGGUGGUGUCAGACGCCAUCUUCGACCUGGGCAUGUCGCUGUCUUCUUUCAACCUGGAUGACACUGAAGUCGCUCUCCUUCAGGCCGUCCUGCUGAUGUCUUCAGACCGCCCAGGGCUUGCCUGUGUUGAGAGAAUAGAAAAAUACCAAGAUAGUUUCCUGCUGGCCUUUGAACACUAUAUCAAUUACCGAAAACACCACGUGACUCAUUUUUGGCCAAAACUCCUGAUGAAGGUGACAGAUCUGCGGAUGAUUGGAGCCUGCCAUGCCAGCCGCUUCCUGCACAUGAAGGUGGAAUGCCCCACGGAACUCUUUCCCCCAUUGUUCUUGGAAGUGUUUGAGGAUUAGACUGACUCAUUCUCAUAAUUCCAACAGCACUGCUGGGUGUCAUUUCAUUCCAUUGCCUAGCUCUUUUUUGUUUGUUCCUUUAUUUCUUUGUGUUGGGAGGGAUUGUUUGGGGGAAAGGGGAGGUAGUCCUUGGCCUAGACAUGGAUGAAAUUGCCCCUUGAAUGCGGGUACUUGUAACUACUGCAUUUUGUUCUCCAGUCCUUUGAUGUGAAUGCUUUGGAGGUUUUACAGUUGUGGAGGUGGCAGGGGACAAUCAUUAAUUCACCAGCACCAAGCCAUCACCAGCUCCCAUCUGUCCCAGUCAGAGACUGGAGCAAGCAGAAUGGUGCGGCAGAAGACUAAAGAAGACUUAAAACCAAGACAAUAUCGUCAUCUUGAACCGAUCCUGAUUUUUGCAGCACUCAGAUUAGCACAUUGCAGACCACCUUUGGUUAGAUGUGGCUUUCAGCUUCCUAGGGAAAGGUCUGCACAAAUUUUUAUCUAUUCAAGAGCAUGCUGUUUUCAGCACUCUUUAUUCUCUCUUAGCAGCCUAACCUGGAAUGUAUAGGAAUAUUUGUUUCCCAACAAUUAGCUGUCCUUUCACUAUAAUUAUUACAAUCCUAUGAUUUAAUUCGAGUUAUACAAGGGCAUGACUCAAAGGUGUGCAGGUGUUUGACUGAUUGAGGCCAACUAGGAAAAUAAUUUCCUUCAGUAAGC